GCAUUCGCACGAACACAUACCACAGACGUUAAUAGUCGGCCCCCUUACAGCGGCCGUGGAGUUUCACGGGGAGACAGUUUUGUUACCGAAUGAGAAAGAGUGCCACCGAAGUGAAGUUUUUCGUGAAGACACAGUUUUGUUGCUGUAGUGAAGUUUCGUGAAGACAGGCAUUUGUUUUGUAAGACUUUUGCGAAGGAGAAUACGAAGUUUCACGGUGAAGACCUCACCCACGAAAAUGUAUAACAAACCAUGAAAAGAGAAAGUUACCAGAACAGAAACUUAGCGAAAACUUAUACUUAUCUACGGAUGGAUUUUACACGUAAUGGUGUUAGUUAAAAUUUUGCCAACAGUGUUUAUCAGUCAACAAACGUGGUAUUGUUGAAUUCGGUAUUCGUCCUUAGUAAUUUCUGUAACGGUGUGUGCAGUUCUCGUAAAAUAUCAUAAAACCUGAAGGCAGAUGAGAGAAUCCAUUACAUUAGCUAUAAAUUUGCUUCAGAAUGUUUAUUUAUUACUCACACACAUUUCCAAAUUUCAUCCUGAAAAGUUAAAAAUACACGUAGUAGAAUAUUAAUUAUGUUUCGUAAAUUUCAUUCGGAAUAUUUACUUCCGCGUUAUUAAGUCGAAUUAAAUAAAAAUAAAACAUUUUUUUUUAAAAUCCAUAAAUUCCUUAAUUGUAUAGUGUGAUUUUUACACAGUUAUUAUUUGUGUACGGACAUUAAAUGAUCAUUCAAAUUAGCAUACGGCAUUCAGAUAAAAAAGUAUUUCGCCAUCAGUGUGAUUCAUUACGAUAUAUGAGCAUGUUUAUAGACUAGCUCACAGAUAAAAAUCUAAGCUUAUAAUUCACAGUGUUCAAAGAUAUUUUGAGUGUUCUGGAUUUGUCACGCCCAUACAAUGCCAGCAGUUCCUCUGUCUGUGGAAACCAAUAGCAAUGCUAGUACUUUGACAGACGACCAAGAGAGAGAAUUCACUGUCCUACACCAGGAUUCGGAAUUCACCGACGUCACAGAUUUUGCCUUCACCGUGUUACACGAAGACUCUCUUAAACAGAACUUGUCUGAAGGAAAUGAUGGCACUGAAGAAGUAGGAGGCAAGGACGAAAGCCAGAACAUUAAACGAAAAAUUUACAAUACCUUUAACACCAGCAUCGGCGAUCAUAAAAUAUUGAACCGAUCAAAUGCUUAUCUUCUGCAACAGAAACUUAUGAACCUUUCCAAAUCGAAUUCGAGCCUUCAGGAUCAGGGAAAAUCUAAAAACUUGGGCUCAGUGAUCAACAAUCUCAAAGAACAGAAGAAUCUGAGUAAGUCAAACAGCCAUCUGCCUUACCACGAGAAAUAUCAACUUAAAAAGGACAUAAGCAAAUCCUUCAACAGUCUGCAGAGGCGAAACAUCGAUCAGGGUGAGAACAACAUUGAAAAGGAGCACAGGAAUUAUCACAGAUAUUGCCACAUCUCCGGAAGAAAUUAUCUAAACAACAACAACAACAUGACUACAUUAAAACAGAGACCGGGUUUUGACCGAGAAUUCACCAAUUUUACGGACACGGGAAUACAGAAAAAUGACGCGGGCGCAAGACGACGCAGAAAUCCCACAGGACCAGAAUCCCACGGGAACAACAACAACAACAUUAACGGGGUAAAAAAUAACGAGAAGAAGACUCAGUUCUACGCCAAGAACGGCUACACCAACAAUAUUAAAAUGAACGAAAAAAAUACCGUGAACUCCGAAGACAUCAGGAAACCGCUGUUCAUAACGACGGUGAAGACUGGAAAAUUCCUGGACCCACCGCCAGAACUGGCGAUUCUCCUGGGAUUAAACCACAACCUGAACGAUUCUGUGGCCAGUUCUGCCAACGGUAGCAGCAACUCCCUAAACACCAGUGUGAGGGACCGACAUCAACAGCAGGUGCUUCUGUACUCGUUUUCCAGCCAGCCCCGAGUCCUCCACCAACAUUACCACAGGACCAAGUGCGAUGCGGCAGCAAAGGUGACCAACAGCGACGAACGGAAGAUUUGCAAAGAAGGCACCAGUGACAAGGAUGGCUCAGACGAUGGACCAGUGCGUUAUGGGAAUCUCAUGUUUGACCGUCGCGUUAUACGCGGAAGCACGUACGCACAACAGCCGAUGCCGCAGCCUAGAUGGAACCCUUAUUUCGGAUACGCCAAACUUCUAACGCAGACGGAUGGCGGCGAGACGCAGGUGGCGAGACAACAGGAGGCUCGCAGGAGGGCCAUCGCAAGGCGAAGAGCCCAGGGUCAGCAGACGAGGACCGCGAGGUACAGACUGCGCACGCCACCUCCUGUUGCGGGUCGCAGGCACGAGACUGUACAGACCGAGAAAUAUCUUGAGGAGAUACUGGACCGUCCUCCAGAAAGCGAAGCGUCCAGCCAGACGGAUCUUUUCCUGGACAGACCGGAAACUCCAGGGUAUCUUCCGGCCAAGGUUGGUCUGGACGUAGAGACCCAGAUUUACCCAGGAGACCUGUUUGACUUCGACGCUGAAGUGCAGCCGGUACUCGAGGUGUUGGUAGGAAAGACGGUCGAGGAGGCGAUGACAGAAGUGUUGGAGGAGGAGGAACUGAUGGCUCUCAGGGCCCAACAGAGGAGAUUCCAGGAGCUGCAGCGUCUCCAGGAAGAGGAGAGGACGACGAGAGAAGAGACGGAUCGCCGAAUGGAACAGGGUGAGGUGGUGAUCACGCUACAACGGGAGACAGAACAGCGAGUGGCUGAGGCCGUUCUUACCGAGGGACACUUGGCAGACUUGCUGCCUCCUGUUCUGGAAGGACUCAAAGAGGCUGGUUACGUCAUUGAUGACGUCAAAAUCGGUGUCGAGGAAGAAGUCAUGCCAUGGCUGAUUUCAGAAGUGAAACAAGAAAUUAACCAGAUGUUUACCAGCAGAGAAGUUCUUACAGACAUAGUUCGCGAAAUUUUAGAGACGAAAGCUGAGAUAUAUCGAGUUAUGGCAGAGGAGGACGCGAAGGAACUCGGUCUGGACAGCGAAGAAGAGAAAACUCCUAAACGACUGGAAGAGAAUCCUGGAACAGAAGUUGAAACUGAUAAAGUAAUUGACGAACGCGGACGAAGUAAGUAAACUUCCGAUUCAACGGAGAAUCGAAGAAAUGCCACGGCCGAUUACAGUUUGUACUUUGCUAAGUUAUUUUGAUUAGAUGUGUCGUUCUUGCGUUCGUAACAAUUCUGAUUAUACAGCCAGAGUUUUUACCCACGGUUUGUUCGAAGUAUAGGCUUAGAAAUGUCUAGCUUUCUUCAAUUACAGCACACGGGCAAUUUCGCAUUUUGACUUUACCACAGACGAAAUAACUGAUUCUCUUGUUUGAUGUCAGAAUGGUUUUCAUUACAAAUGCUUCCUCCAGGUGUUAAUCGGUUUGUUUCCAUUAAAUUUACACAAUUAAUCAAUCAAACAGAAACACGAAUUUUCCGUAUGAAUUAAACCACACGAGAUAAAUAUGAGAAUCUAAACAUUAUUUUUUAUUACAACGUCGGAAUUUUUUUUAAAAAAAGGAGAAUUAUCUUCUCUUGACACUCCACUCACGUUUGGACGUAACUGGUGUGGACGUCUGAUACUAUGUGGGCUGAGUUUUGAAGAAAGUGGACUUAUAUAUUGUCACGCUGAAGUUAGUUUGAAUCGGUUUAAGAAAUCGCAGUGACUAAGCAACCCCAGUUGGAAUGUCACUUUAAAACAGUUUAAUAAUGAAGAGAUUUUCCAUUUUACAGAGGUGAAGUAAGAGUCUUUUAGGGCAAAGUGGGGCAGAUUUUGUUCACGUGAUAUUGUUCCAGUCGCAAUAAUUUAUAUUCACGUCUGCUUCUUAAAUACUUAUUCCACCUAACAAAUCUUAUCAGUCAGAGGAAUGUUUUGAAAAUUCACAUAAUACAAACAUUUUACUUCCUGGUUUUAAAGUUGCUGUAUUUCUGAGGUAUCAGUGAAAGUUAAAUGCGUAAAAAUACAGAAUCAACUCUGAAGGAAUAAUUACAGUAUCCGAAAAGAAAUCUGGUACGCAAAGAAAAAUUAUUAUAAAUUGUCAAAAGAGACAGGCGGAGACUGUGACACGUGCGAAAGAUACAAGAGAUGUUUAUAAAAUUUUGAUUGUAAACUUGAAUGCAAGGGAGCACUUGGAAAACCUAGACAUAGAUGAAGGGAAAAUACAAAAAUGGAUCUUACGGAAAUGGGACGGGAGGAUGCAGACUGGAUUCACAGUAACUAUGGUGUACCACCAUCGCUGGAAAACAAAUUAUUGGGUACGGCUUAUCUAUUCUGGCAUUUAACUGCAGGAGCUUAAUGUAACCACGACAAUAAACGGACCGAACCACACAAUAAGAUUAUUUUUCGAUAAUUUUAAUAUCGACUGUUCUAAGUAAGGCAUUUUUUUUUCCAUGAACGUCACUGACAAUACCUUCAUUCCCAGCAUCUUUGUUAAAUCUUUCCUGUUAGCUGCAUUCAGGAUCAAGAUCUAUCAUGAUCCCCUCCCUUUCAUAACCGAGCACAAGUGGUAUAAUAAUCCAACACUGGCAAUAAUGACCACAGCACCUGUUUGAGAACUAUUCAUCACACGUAUCACUCAUCUUGCAAUUCGAAAUCUGCCAUUCAGCCUCUCUGACGUUCCAUGCAGCGAAAGGGGACCCUCUAGAUGCCCUAUGCUCCCUACCAGAACAACAGCUGCAGCGCAUUUGCGAAAUCAACCACAGAUAAAACAGCACGGCUCGUUGCAAAGUGUCCAGGAAGAAUCAUCCGUAGACCUACUUUAUUUAACGACGAUACAUCAGUGACCAACGCUAUACACAGCAAUAAUGACAAAUCACUAACUGAAGAUGGCUGUCUUCUGGGUUGUCUGGUAGAAGUUUACCAGCGUUUCAGAUGUCCUUCCUGCCUCCAUCAUCAGGGCGAUGAUAGAGGCAGCAGGACCUCUGAAACGUUGGUGGAUUUAUACGAGACUACGCGAAGUAACAACCCAGAAGACCGCCAUCUUCGGACUCACCGCCGUGGAAACCUCAAAACCACUUGUUUAAUACAAGCAGCAAAAUUGAAAAUGUUACGACCCGAAACAAGAUAAAAUAGAAGAUUAUAAGAAGAACGAGUAAAUUACAAUGAAAUUAAAUAUAUUUAGCCUAAAAGAAAAGACGAUAUAUAAAUGACAAGAACGUGUAGAAUGAUAGGCAGUUAAUGGCUUAUACAUUAUCAACCAGAAGGAAUAAUAAGUUUUCUUACCAAGAACAAAAUGGACAGAACAAGGUCGUUGAUGCUGAUGGAAACAUUUGAGAAGUAAAAUCUUUACAAAUGCUUCUAGGGCAAAUUAUAUAUUUUAUUUUUUAUUUUUUUGCAAAUAUUAUUGAAACCAGUCAGGGAUGCAGAUGGGAUUACAAUGUUGUUAUGGAAAUCUGAGAAAUAAUGUCACUUGACAAAGGAGCCCGAACUUAAUUUGAGUUACGCCGAAAUACGACGCCAUCGCCACAUGUCAGAAAGUUACAAAAGAUUUGCACGGUUGUGGGACGCUGAGGGUGGAAAACCCCAAUAUAUGAGCUUGGAAUUAGUUUCAGAUGGGAGCAAGGCGGCGAGAGCGUGAAGAAACGAAGACAGACCAUGCAUAAUGUACAGCGGGCAGCAAAAGUUACGCUGUGCAAUGAAUGACGAAUCAUUUCACGUGCAUGUAACAACGAAUCCUCAAGGAAUUCCCUGAUUUUAUCAACCCAAGAGUUCAUUACCGUCUUCACAGGAACCCGCUGUUGGUCUCUAUGCUUUGCCAGAUAAAACCCGUCCAUAACCUAGUAUCUUGAUCUAAAGAUUGGCCACCAUGACAGUUCGAUUGACAACGAAGAUUAGAAAUGAAUUUGGACUGGCAUAUUUUAAAACUUUAUCCACUGUUUCGCUUGCAGAAAUAGCGGGAAAUCACAGAAACCUUCAGUUGCGAUGGCCCACGACAGCCAAAGUAUCUUAACCACGGAGAUAAUAACACGUUAACCCUUUCAAGCCGAAGGUCUACUAAAUUUUAUUUAAGAAUUCAGUCCGUACCGCGAAGAAAACACCGCACUUCACCAUUACAAGGAUCAACUGGUUAACGCUGUUUAA